ACCUCGCUUAUGCCGCCAGCAAGAUCUAGACUGGGCCGUCAACUCAGAUGCAUUGAUAUCGAAGCAGCCAGCAGGCUGCCACUCACUCGUUUUUUUAAAAAGCUCUCACACUUCCCCCCCACUUGGAUUUCUUCCUCUUGUGGUUUCUGUUUCUGUUGUUCCCAGCGAAGAUCGCAUGAUUGCUAUCUGCAUUUCUAGACCGAGGCGCAUUUUUUGUUCAUCUAAACAACAACGUCCAGCAUGGAGGAGGCUCCUGCCAAGAUGACCGGGUACACUCCCCUCGAGGUCGAUCUUCCCUCGGUACCGACGACGCAGGUUCUGACCGAUCUCCAUUGGGAGACCAUGCUGGCCCUCGCCGACACGGUCAUCCCGUCGAUCCGGGGUCGUGGCGAUGAUGCGGAUGUCUCAUCGACCAAGUAUCACGCCGUCACCGAGACCCAGCUACAAUCGGCUACCUCCAGACUCACAGCCACGAUCAAUCGAACAACCUCCGAAGCAGCCGAGCUAGCACAGACCUAUCUGCAGGAGAGUCCCUCGUCUCUGCCGGCAUUCCGCAAGGGCCUCCAGCGUCUGAUUGCCGACUACGUCCAUCAGGAAGGUCAGACCGGGCUGCGAUUCAUCCUCGAUGUUCUGAAGUAGGUGGAUGGAGAAUCGAUGCAUGCAUGCACAUGAGCUAACGAUCAGUCGGGGCUGGCCAGCACCCGAGCCGGAUCCCUUCUGCUGACCGGGUCGACAACUCCCAUCCAGAAC